AUUGACAUUCACAAUCACAUCAAAGAAUGAAUGGUUUCGUGAAGUUGAGAAUACAUUCAAAAUAAAGAUGAAAACAAACUUAUCAAACAGUAAACACAGUUAACUUUGGAAAAGUUUAUUCUGAAAAUUAUUUGAGAAUCCACGAUGGAGGGCUUUUGUAGAGGUUGUCUUAUAAAAUACAACGAACCAAUGGACCUGCUGCAAUACACUGAAAAGAAUAGAAGACUGUUUGUAUAUUGUACUGGUUUACAAGUAAAAAGAAAUGAUACUUUUACAUUCCAAUUGUGCAAAGACUGUUUUCUCAAUAUGAAGCUAGCAUGUAAGUUUAAAAAGCUCUGUCGGACUUCAGACAAAAGAUUUAAGAACUACAUGUCUUUGAAAGAGACCGGAGAUGCAGCAGACUUCUGUACAUUCCUCAAAACCACUGAAGAUGCUUUGACAUUACGACUUCCCAUGAGUGGAAACAGUACACCAGCUAACCAUAAAUGUAGAGAUGAUGAUAAUGAUUCAACAUGUACGAGUAUCCGUAACUUCAUGACGGACAUGCUACAAGGUGAAGAAGUCCCAGACACGGAAGCACGGAUCAUAAGUGAAGUUAUACAAGAAGAGGCGGAUGUGUUGGAUGAGUCUCUUGACUCCCACUGGUUGCAAGAUGAUGCCUCUAUUGAUGCUGAUUUUAGAUUGGAUUUUAGUUUCAGUCCAUUUUCCACACCACGUGCUGUUAACGAUCGCUACACACCGAAGAAGCAGACAAACCAAAAAGAAGCUCAAAUUAACUUAGACAUAUUAAACAGCAAGAAAGUGAACACAAUAGAAAAUGACUUCAUAACUGCAUUCAAAAGCGAUAAAACAAAAGAAUUAUGUGACUUGGAUGUGGACGAAAUCGACGGGAUUAUGAAAACAGAUAGCAAUCUUGAUUUACCGGCAUUAGAUUUAGAUAAAAGUCAAAUAGAUGAACAGAAUUAUUACAUACCAGAACUUCAGAUUAAUGAUUUGAAGACUGGUAAAAUAAGUGAUGUAGUCAAUGCAGAUAGUAUUAAAUUACAAGCGUUUAGUAAAGAUUCGAAGGAUACUAUUGAUAAGAAUUUGGAAAGGGCUUUGAAGAAUACGGACAAUAAGGAGUUCUCUUUAGAUGAUAUCCUUGUUUCACCUCCAGGUUUCCAAAUGCCAUCAGCAGCGUCAACCCCAACGAUAACAAACAUACUAUUUGGUGAAAAACUAGAAAUACCAACCAAACAAUUAAAUGUAGGACAACAAAUAGAACCAUUCACGGACAUAGGUAACGGUGAAAAUGAUAACGAAAUAUUUGAAGAAUUCUUCAACCCAAAAGACUAUGAAAUAGAAAGUGUCAAAACGAAUAUGAAGGAAAAUAUAGACAUCAAUAUAGGGGAUUUGAAAGAACCAAUGAGUCUUGAUAACAUUGAAAUUGAUGAGCUAACUAAAUCUGUUAAGGAAAAAGAUAUGGCGACCAUUUUAGAGGAAAGUAGUGUAGAUAAAAAAGAUACGGAUGCUGAAAAAGAGGGUGAUAAUGAUAAAAUGGAUGUCUCCAUAGAAAAAGAUAAAGAAGAAAAGGUUACUAUAAGUACUGAAACUAGUAAUGAGCAAUUUGAUCUGGAGAAAUCAUAUUGCUAUUUGUGUAGCAAACAAUUUACUAGUGCAAGGGCCUUAUGUAUACAUUUUUCGAAAUCCCAUCGAAUUAAAAUUAUUAGACCCAGAUCAUACAAACCUAAGAUGAGAUUAUGCCCAGAUUGUGGAAAAGAAUUUUCGCAGAAUGCCAACUUUUAUAGGCACGUGAAAAGUUGUUCGAAACCAGUCCAAAAAUUGAAAUGUAAAAUAUGCUCUUUAGAAGUCACAUCACAAGCUAAGUUAGAGAGGCAUAUGAGUAGUCACACUGGGAAUUAUGUGAAGAAAGAUACUGGAAAGGAAUUCAUAUGUAAUGUUUGCGGCGCUAUUUUCAACAAAGUAGGCAACUACGCGCUACAUCUGAGGCGGCAUACAAAAAAAUACACGCAAAUUUGCAAGGACUGUGGAAAGGGGUUUUAUCGAGUAUCAGACUUAACGGUUCAUAUGAGAAUCCACACCGGCGAACGCCCGCUUACAUGUAUCCACUGCUCAAGAACGUUUGCUCGACAAGAUGCGCUUGCCAAACAUAUGAAAGGACAUACAGAUGAGAGACCAUACCAGUGUGAAUAUUGUGAAUCUAGGUUCAAGAUAAAGUUUGAUUUGAAAAAUCACAUUCAAAAAUCCCAAUUAUGUUUAAGAAAGCGAGGCUUAUUACCUGAUGUGGUAAUUGAGAAGAUACCUGUUAAAAAGACGGAAAUACAAGUAGAAGUUAAGUAUACUAAAUGUAAUGAUAGAAUAAUGGAAGCAGCCCUUGAAUUACCAAAAGAGAGCAAUGUUAUAAUGAAUAAGUUGCCUUUCAUAGAAACAAGUAUGAGCAAUUAAAGGAUCUAAUGACCAAUAAAUUUAUGUUCAAAAUCA